UGAAUGUUUCGUCUUGGCGGUCGCUUAAUUUAAUUCGCUGAACGCUGAACAAACGAUACGAAAUAAUCGAUCGUCGGAGUUACAUCUUUCGAUAUUUGAAUAUUUUUCAAAGCCUAAUCCAUAGAUAAUAAUUUUUUUCUGGUGUUCUUUGCAUCCUUUGGUACUUGCUGAGUGUGUUUUUGUGUGAUUAUGUGCCAGAGAACUGAAAAAUACUGAGCGACAUAGAAAGUUGAUUAGGAUCAAGGAUCCCUGACAGGAUGUCUGUGGGUAUUUUGACCCUGCUGUUGGCCACCAUUGCCUGUGGCCCUCUGGCACUCGAGGGGGUGGUGCAGCCCACCUGCAAUCUCAAGGACAACUGCAAUCUGGGCGACAAUCUUCUGGCCGGAGCAAGUUCCGUCUCCGAAUCCGGCGAUGUGUCCGCCGACAAGCUGGAGAGCAAAAUAGCCUCGAUCUUCGAGGAUAAGGUUAACUAUAGCCUCAAGUUGUUUCCCGACGAUGCCACCACCACGAUCCUGGAAUAUCAGACGGCUAAUCUAAGCCAACUACACACCACACCGCCUGGAAACUACACAAUACACCAGAUGGAACGGGUUUCAAUAACCGAUGAAGAGGACGAUCAGGUGGAGGAGGAUGAAAGGGCUUACUUGUACAAUAUUGGAAAGCGUUUUCUGGCGAUUACGCAACCAUUCGAUUCCGCCAGAAAUCCGGAUGCCUCGUUGCUUUGUCGUCGGCAGAUGCAUCAGUUUCUUAAUGCCUUGGACAACUUCGAUCUGUGGGCUCUGAAGAUGCACGAUGCCAGUGGCAAAUUGAACUCGGGCAUUUUGAAUGGCAACAUCAAUCAACCCGGCGACUUCGAUCAGUGCUUGGGGAUUCAACAGCGGAUGAAGGAUGAGGAUGUGGCCAAGGAUCAGGACGAGGACUCCAUUAUCCGGGGCCAGUACUGUUUGGCCUACGCUCAACCAGUUCUUCCGCACAAUUCGAAGCGUUUGCAGAGCUUCUUCAAGCUGAUCCAAUCACAUGGGCCUUUCAAAAGCGAGUUCAACGACCCGGGUCACCGAGUGCCACGCUACUCGCUGAUCAACUGGGGCCUCUGCGUCCCCUCCGGCUGCUCAGCCCGGGAUGUGGAGUACAGUGUGGCCGAGUACCUGGCCAACCAGACCACCGCCACGGGCAUCACCUUCAACGUCCGCGUGGAGCCCCAGAUGUGCCAGGUGCGGGACCAGCGGCCCUGGGACCGGAACACCACCUGGGCGGUGCGCUUCUUCCUCCUCGUGCUCUCCGUGGCGAUCCUGUCCACUAUCUACGACCGAUCCACCAAGUCGCAGGGCAAGCAGAACGCCUGGUUCACGGCCUUUUCGUUGGAUAAAAACCUGCGCUGGCUGUUUAGCACGAGUAGUGCUCCCGGGGACAUUGAGGCGGUCCAUGGCAUUCGUUUCCUGAACGCCAUCAUGUUGAUCUUUUCGCACAAGUCGAUGGCCAUGUUCUUCAAUCCGUACAAUAACCGCACGGCCAUGUCGGAAAGCCUGGGUCAGCCGUGGACGGUGAUUGGACGAGCUGCCUCCCUGUACACGGAUCCCUUCCUGCUUUUCAGUGGAAUGCUCACGGCUUACUCGCUAUUCGGUCGUCUCAUGAAGCAGCAACCCAUACGGCUGAAGAACGAGUACAUUAGCCGGCUGAUGAGGAUUGUUCCGCCUCUAGCCGCCUUGAUCCUCUUCUGCACGUAUGUGCUGCCCCUAUGGGGCAGUGGACCCCAGUGGAACCUAGUGGUGGGCCACCAUGCGGACAUCUGCAAGAAGAACUGGUGGCGCAAUCUGCUCUUCAUCCACAACUACUUCGGUUUCAGCGAGAUGUGCCUGACGCACACGCACCAUCUGGGCAUCGACACGGAACUCUUCGCGGUGGCCCCAGUGCUCAUCCUGGGACUCUGGCGGUGGCCCAGACGGGGUCUCUUCACCCUUCUGCUCCUCUGCACCGUGGGAACGGCGGCUAGGUACUACACAACGAUUGUCAACCAGCUGUCCAACUAUAUCUACUUUGGCACCAAUAUUCAGCGCCUGUUCCGUACCGCCGACUACAUGUACUCGUUCCCGCCCCACCGCUCCACGGUGUACAUCAUGGGCAUCCUGCUGGGCUAUGUGCUGCGCAAGUAUCAGAACGCCAAGUUGAGCAGCCUGCAGCUGCGACUGGGUUGGCUGGUGGCCACCGUAUGUGUCCUGGCCUCGCUCCUGGGACCCGCACCCAUGGGGGACAUCAACUACGUGUACAACUCCACGCAUGCCGCCAUAUACGCCGCCUUUGCGCCGAUCGCCUGGUGUCUGUUCUUCUCCUGGAUUGUGUUUGUCUCCCAUAAUGGAUAUACAAAUAAACUGACGAAGCUGUUUGCCUGGCGCGGUUUCCAGGUGUCCACAAAGCUCUCGUACGCCAUUUACCUGACGCAGUUCCCCGUGUUCUUCUUCAAUGUCGGCCGAAGGCGUCACAUUCACCACUACUACAACUUUGUUUCGAUUAUUCUCGAUACCAACGAAUUCAUUUCGAUCUUCCUGGCCUCCGUGGCCCUGACGGUGCUCUUCGAUGCGCCCUUCCAGAACCUGAAGAAGCUGCUCAUCAAGCGACCCACUCCUGCGAAGGUGACGAAGGAUAGCCCGGCUUCUGGGACGGAAAGUCAGGAUGCGACAACAUUAGCCUCAAAGCCCAGCAGCACUGCCCUCCUCAAAUCGCAUCCACACUCCGAUUAGUCUGGACACACUCUUUCUUAGCUAUGUAACUUGUAAAUGUCUUAGCAUUUAGUGGCAAUAUGUUUAGUAACCCCAGCGAAAUCCCCAAGAUCCCCAUAUCCCCAAUGUUUCCCAUCCAAUCCGUCCAUCCCGCCCGAAUCCCAAGAAUUCCCGCCCUUAGUUUUAGUGGAACGCUUUAUACAUUGUAAAUUGUACUGUUAGUCAAAUCGAGCGACAAAUAAGAACCGAACCGAUUCGUAGUCAUAAA